UGAUCAUGUGAUUUCCUAUUUUACGCCUUCGAACCUACCAAGCAAGCAAUUGGACCUCUGCAGAAUGUAACUAUCAGAGUAUUAGGCCGUUAAUUAUUGCCGGGAAUAUUUUGGUUUGUUUGUUUCACGGCUGUGAAAUAUUUACCCGAUUUUGUUAGAUCAACCUGUUAUGGAGUUUCCUUGAACAGUACGUUUUUAAAUGCAGUGAUUUUGCGAGCACCAAGCUAGGGUGUGAAGGUCCCCAUGACAAAUAUACUCUGCAUGGAAGGUUUUCCAUUGAAGAGGGUACAUCAAGAACCGGAAAGGCCACCGCCCUGACAUGAUUUUUGUCUUUUGGACGCUUACGUCACUUCACCAUCUUCUCUCAGCUUUGAGUGAACUUCCCCAACCAGUCAACGUGGCAAUCACCUCCACUAAUUUCCUUCAUAUGUUAACAUGGGAACAUGGACCAGGCAGACCUGCGGAUAUUUAUUACCAAAUUCGCAUCAGUACAGAUAUGGGAACUGCCUGGGUCCCCGUGGCUGCCUGUCAGCAUGUCCAGUACCCAUUGGUUUGUAAUAUGACAGAAGCCUUCUCCGACCCAUGGCAGUUCUACGUAACCCAGGUUACAGCCAAGCUGCGAGCUCAGGCCUCUUGGCCAUUGACGCAUCCUGGGUUCCAGCCAAUCAAAGACACUCAGCUGGACUUGCCAGCAGUGGCUGUGACUCCAUGUCAAAAAGAUCUGUGUGUGGACCUUCUGCCUCAAACGCAGCAUCUAUGGGAAUUCUACAACUCACUCAGCUACGAACUCAGGAUCGAGAACAGUGACGCAGGCAGAACUCCGUUUUUUCAGGAACCCGAAUCUCUGAAGGGAACUGUUCUGAAGAACCUUGCUCCCGGAAACUACUGCAUCUCAGUUCGAUUUUCUGACAGCUUUAUCCCGAGACAGUCCAACUACAGCCAGCGUCAUUGUGUCGUUACCGCAGGGAUUUCUCCUUCAGAAGACACACCAAGUACUCUCCCACCUGUCUCCCUGAUCACCUCAGCUGUCGUCGUACUGUCAUCUGGAAGUGCCUCCUGCCCGCCCAGAGCCUGUCUCAACUCCUCCCUGAAAGUUACACAACACUCUGCUUUUUUUAGUUUCCACCACUUCGUCCUCUGUUCUGCCUUUUUCGUCUUCAUCUUCCUCUUCCUCACCACCAGGGUCAUGCAACACACCACCAUUCCAUACUACACUUUCACCUGCCACCCCUUUGCAGUCAGAGUCAGCUUUAUUGUCAAUUCCUUCAUGCCAAGACACACAAAGAAAUCGAAAUUACGUUUCCCCUAUCCCACGGUGACGAGACACAGUACACGAUAAACAUACAAGUAAACAAUGCAAAAUAAAAACAAGAAGGCACAAACAAUGAACAAUAAGAGUGAUGAAUAAAUAAUAAAUAAACAAAUAACACAGUAAAUAAGAGGAGCAAAACGGAGCAAGAGCGCACAGCAGACAGUCAGAACAAAGCGCAAAAGUACAGGACUCCACGCAGAGGGGGGAGAGAGUUCAGGACCCUAACAGCCUGGAGAUCACAAACUCCGCCAGUGGCGAGCAGUGCUCGCAUACCACCACAGAGUCCCGGUACCUUCCGUUACAGAUGUAGACGCACAUCCCACCUCCUCGCGACUUUCCCCCUCGUACAAUGGCCCGGUCCGCCCGAUAGCACGCUAGCCGCUCCAGAUGCACAGCAGAGUCGGGAAUGAUAACGAUCACCGACGUCCCAGUGAACAUGAGCACACAGCAGUUACGCACUGUCCGGUUCGUAGAUCUCAGCAGGCGAAAGCAAACCAUGUUGAUGUCCAGCGACCGAACAUUCGCCAGAAGAAUGGAAGGCACGGCCGGGCAAGCUGGGUUGGCCGCCAGCCUGGCCCAGACGCCCCCGCUCUCGCCCCUCUUCAGCCUCCUCGCACACCGCUUCCGACGCUUCCCAACCGGGGGAGGAAUAGCAGGCGAGUCCGGCGACGCUUCAGGACGGAGCAGACCGAGCGCCUUUAAUGUCCCCGCUUCAAAGUCCAGAACACCACAAAACUCGCUUUCGCCGAUUGAGCAGAACCAACCCGCUGCACUUGUAGCACAACCCAGUACGACGAGACAAACACAGAAAACUGCCGGACAAACCCACAUUAAAUGACAAAACAAAACACCGUUCGGGACAGAGAGAGGCCGCUGCGUGUGCACGCGCCACCAUCUUUUACUUUUCAUGAUGUGAACUCAGUCUGAUCUCCUUCAGGUCAUAUCGUCUACACCAGUGGUCCCCAUCCUUUUUUCUGACACGAACCGGUUACGUGUCCGAAAUAUUUUCGCGGACCGGCCUUUAUAUAAAUGAAUAAUACAUUUAUAUAAAUAAAUAAUACAUUUAUAAUGAAUAUAUGAAUACGAUUAAAUAAAAUGAUACGACUGGCAUAAAAACAAAUAUAAACGACAUAAAAAUAAAACUCACCAUUACAUUGAAUUAGUGGGAGCCCUGAUAGUGGCCGUUGUUAACCCGGGCCUCGACCGAUCCGGUAUGGAAUUAACAGACUGAGUUCACAUCAUGAGCUAUUUUGGCAAAUUUCUACGCCGGAUGCCCUUCCUGACACAACCCUCUACAUUUACUCGGGCUUGGGACAGGCAGAAGAAAGACACUGCCUUGUACCCCCCUAUGGCUGCAUUGGUCAGCCCGAUCCUGCUGCAGUGAAAAUUAAGGAGUGGUUGUGUCCUCCCUUCAUAGGGCUAAAGUUGUCUUACUUGGUGCAUGGUUUGUUGUCCUUUAGCUGGACUGCCAACAAAGAAAUGGUCUUGUCUUCCCCGUGAGAUUGAUGUCCAGGCCACUUCUCCUCUGCCGUGUGGGUUUCCCACCACAUUCCACCUGAGGUCAUGCAAACCUCUCCAGACCUUCUCAGUGAAUGAGAAAUGAAAAGCAAUUAUUGCAAGCAGUACUAAGUUAACUUGUCUUCUAAAUGGCAACUGCAUGAUGAGCAUACAUGUUAAGUACUAAGUUAACUUGUGUCUAAAUGGCAACUACGUGGUGGGCCUACGUGUGAAUUUCUUCAUUAGUUACCAAUAAUAGAGUAUAGCCGCAGUUACCAUUCUAAACAUAUAUAAUAAUGAUAGACAGAAUAUUUCUGGUCAUUCCUUCACCAGAAUUAGACAAGGUGAACUAUUGGCCAUUAAACCCUUUGUUAGAAUAAUUAGUUUUGCUGAAGCUCUGGUCGGCCUGAAACCGGAGGUCACAUAUUUUCGCUCAGGCCAACAUAUCUGCCAGCCAGCCUUAGGGAGUUCUUAUACUCCCUUCCUUUUCUUAUCUGUGAGAGGCCCUCACUAGUUAUGAACAGAACAACUCUGUUCUUUGUUAGCUCAAGAGAAGUUCUUUCUCUUUUGAUUGUUUUUGUCCGAGACAGGUUUUUAGUUAUCCCAUAUUUACUCAAUGUUUAAGUAGACUUCAUGCAAGUUAUCUCACAUCUACUUAACAUUUGUUGGAGUGUAUGCACGAGAGGUAUCUGAUUAUUUACUCAUUAUUAUUAUUGUGUGAAAUGUAGCAAGAAAGUCUAGAGCAUUGUUUUACAGGGACACGACAUCCAGGUUUGGAGAUUGCAGCCGGGCACGAGGCUGCCAACCAUCUAAGAACAGACUCUGCAUUCCUGGGGUCACGGAUCGGCCAAGGCCAUGCGGCCUCGCACCACACAACAUUAUUAGCUAGCUGAACAGCGUUGCUACAGUCACACUCUCCCCUCGCUUUAGUGUAGCAACGCCUCUUGUAACCAUGGCAACCCAAUAUAAAAAGAGGAGAUGAUGGUAGGGCAGGUCAGAAUUGGUGGAGGACUGUGAACUGGGCCGUCUACCUAAUUCUCCUCGCGAGCAAAAAGAAUACUGGUUGUCUUCUCCUCUUUGUUUCCAGCGUGUAAAUAAAUGUCUGAUGGUAUUUAGACCUGACAGCCUUUGAUCAAAUUCAAGGAGCACGUAUAUACCGUAUUUCUUGGACUAAAAGUCGCUCCGGAGUACAAAUCGCAUCAGCCAUAAAAUGCACAAUAAAGAGGAAAAAACAUACAUGUAUAUGUCGCACCGGAGUUUAAGUCGCAUUUUGGGGGAAAUUUAUUUGACAAAAUCCAACACCAAGUACAGACAUGAACCAGCAAAAACCGGCUAAACGAAACGGUAUGCUAAUGUGACAUAAACACAAACAAGAAGCUGAAAACGGGCCUGACGUAACAUCAACAGUUAUUCAAAUAACUAUAACAUAAAUAUGUUUAUCAAACCAUCUGUGUCACUCCAAAUCAUUGAAUCCAUUGAUCGAAUGCUUCCUCCUUUCUGUAAACAACGCCUCGUGUGCGGCGCGCCGCUGACGUCGGACUCGUCGUCAGUUGCAGUUAAAUUUAUUCCACAAUAUAAACAACAAUUUUAUCACUCCAAAUCAUUAAAUCAUCGGAAACUUCGUCUUGUGUCACUUGAAAAAAAAACAAAAAAAAAAACAGCUGUUGACAUCAGACUAGAUAUAUCAAAUAAAUGUAAUAUAAACAACAAUUUUAACGAACCAU